CUGCCCUUUGGCAUAGCAUGAGUGUCACAAUCCCAGCAGUGAUGCUGCAUUCAGUAUUUGCAGUGGUUAAAAGCAAAGCAGAUAGCCCUCAAACCUUGCAUAUUCAGAUUUUUCCUUUGAAUCUGAGCAAUGACCUCUCUAAGUUCAAGGAAAACACUGAUGUUGCCAAAUUGAGCAUUGAGAAAGGGAAACACUGGAGCUCGAGUGCCUGUGCCAUCCUCAGUUUCCCCUGUUUCCCGUUUGCUGUGAUUUGUGACGGUGCAAACACGUCCUCUUUUUCCUGGUUAACCCAUUUACUCCCAUUUACUCAAGCUUCAUUCUUUCUCCCAGCAAAAAGAAUCCCGCUGCUGGGCGGAUCAGAGCUCCAACAUCCGACCUCUGCUUUUGUUGGGCAGCAGUGCCACAGAGGGACGAGCCCUGAGCCCCACCAAUAAAGCAACCGGUGGCAAACACAGCCCUUUCCCAGGGCUGGAUUGCUGCCGGCUCAGCCCUUUUCCUUUGGGAUGGGGAUGAGUUACACGGGGGGAGGCAGCGCGGCGGCUGCAGGGCUGUGCCUGCCUGUACAGGUGUGCACAGCACGGAGGAAUGCCAACCACUGAGUCACGGCCCCCUCCCACCUGGCCAGCAUAAAGCCCAGCCUCACCUGGGCACGGGGCUCAGCACGGGGCUCAGCGCUCAGCUCGCACCUUUGGGCACCGCGGGAUGGAGGAACGUGGAGAACGAGGUCAAUCUUUGGGCAUGUGAACCCUGCGGGACGGAGAUUGGCGUUUAACCGGAAAGAGAAAGGGGGCAGAAAAAUAGAGAGGAGGGAAUAAAAGGGAAAGAAAAAAAAAAAAGGAAGAAAAGGCCCGGCCCAGAGCUGAACCGGUGGCAGCGGAGCAGUGUGUUCCCUGCUGCUGUUGGAGGAAUUCCUUGGCUCGCUGUGUGGGUGCUGUUCUUCGGGUCACGGCGGAGGUUUGGACGCUGUCAGCACCGGCUCUAAUGAGGAGGAAGAGGAUGGCCGUGCUGCCAGGGCCAUGUGUGGGGCUGCUGCUGCUGCUGGCCCUGCUGUGCACCACCACUCUUGGCCAACGGAGCAGAAAUAACCGCUGUGUGCAGAGCCGGGCGAAGAGCUGCACCGAGUGCAUCCGUGUGGCCAAGGAGUGUUCCUUCUGCACCGAGGAGAACUUUGAGGAGCCACGCUGUGACCUGCGGGAGAACCUGCUGCGCUAUGGCUGCGGGGAGGCCGGCAUCGUCUACACGAGGGGCGAGAUGCGCACUCAGCAGAACAUCAGCAUCAACACAUUUCUGCAGAGGACCCAGGUGGCCCCUCAGGCCAUGUUCAUGAGCCUACGGGCUGGGGAGGAGAUGAGCUUCAACAUGGACGUCUUCCAGCCCCUGGAGAGCCCCGUGGAUCUCUACAUCCUUAUGGACUUUUCCUACUCAAUGUCUGAUGACCUGGAUAAUCUCAAGAGCAUGGGGCAUAACCUGGCUGAGUUCCUGCAAGCCCUCACCUCCAAUUACACCAUUGGCUUUGGCAAGUUUGUGGACAAAGUCUCAUCCCCACAGACAGACAUGAGACCCGAGAAGCUCCGUGAGCCAUGGAACAACGCCGACUCCCCCUUCUCCUUCAAGAACGUCAUCCGCCUGACCAACAACAUCAACUACUUCAGCCAGGAGCUCAGGAAGGAACGCAUCUCUGGAAACCUGGAUGCACCUGAGGGUGGCUUCGAUGCCAUCCUGCAGACUGCUGUUUGCGAGGACAAGAUUGGUUGGAGGAAGGACAGCACACACUUGCUUGUAUUCUCCACCGAGUCAGCCUUUCACUACGAAGCUGAUGGCACCAACGUCCUGGCAGGGAUCCUGGCGAGGAAUGAUGAGGAGUGUCACCUGGACACCCAUGGCACCUACGUGUAUGACACCAAGCAGGACUACCCUUCGGUGCCCACGCUAGUGCGCCUGCUGGGUCAGCACAACAUCAUUCCCAUCUUUGCUGUUACCAACCACUCCUACAGCUACUAUGAGAAGCUGCACAAAUAUUUCCCCAUCUCUGAGAUAGGGGUGCUGCAGGAGGACUCAUCCAACAUAGUGGAACUGCUUCGUACAGCCUUUGAGCGCAUCCGCUCCAAGAUGGACAUCCGAGCUGACUUCGUUCCCAAGGCCCUGAAGACGGAAUUCAUCUCCUCAAUGUAUGAAAAGACCGAAUCUGGGUCCUUCCACAUCACCCGUGGGGAAGUGGGUAAGUUCCAGGUGCGGGUGAAGGCUCUGGAGCACAUUGGUGGGCAGCACGUCUGCACCCUCCCUGAGAAGGACCGGCAGGGCAUUAUCCAUGUGAAACCCACCUCACUGAGUGACAGCCUCCAAGUCCAAGCCUCUGUCGUGUGCGACGUGUGUCCCUGUGAGCAGCAACCAGAUUUCCGCUCACCCAAGUGCAGCUUCCAUGGGGACUUCAUCUGUGGGCAGUGCAUCUGCCACGCAGGCUGGCGAGGGGACACGUGUGACUGCUCUCCGGCCUCAUCCCUCAACAACGAAGCCUGCAUCCGCCCUGGAGAUGUGGAGCCAUGCUCAGGUCGGGGUGAAUGUCUCUGUGGGAAGUGUCAGUGCUACCCUGAGGACCUGAUGCAGCGCUUCGAUGGGGACUUCUGCCAAUACGACGUGCUGCAGUGCCCGCGCACCUCCGGCUUCCUCUGCAAUGAUCGUGGUCGCUGCUCCAAGGGCGCAUGUGUGUGCGAGAGCGGCUGGGAGGGCCCUGGCUGUGAGUGUCCCACAAGCAAUGACACCUGCAUUGACAGCAGGGGGGGCAUCUGCAACAACCAGGGGAGGUGUGAGUGCGGGCGGUGCAUCUGUGACAAGUCAUCCCUGUACACCAGCUCUACCUGCGAGAUCAGCUACUCCCUGGGCUUCCAGGCUGUGUGCGAGAGCAUCAGGGACUGUGUGCAGUGCCAGGCCUGGGGAACAGGCAACAGGAAAGGGAACUGCAGCACAUGCCACCUCCAUGUGCAGAUGGUGGAGGAGCUGAAGAAAGAGGAGGCCAAUGAGCAUUGCUCCUUCCAGGAUGAAGAGGAUGACUGCACCUACCACUACACACUGGAGGGAGACCCCAGUGUUCUCCCCAAUGCCACCGUCCAGGUGCAGAAGAAGAAAGAGUGCCCUCCUGGAAGCUUCCUCUGGCUAAUCCCACUGCUCAUUUUCCUCAUCCUGCUCCUGGGGCUGCUGCUGCUGCUGUGCUGGAGGUACUGCGCCUGCUGCAAGGCUUGCCUUGCCCUGCUCCCCUGCUGUGCACGAGGUCGCACUGUUGGCUUCAAGGAGGACCAUUACAUGCUUCGCCAGAGCCUCAUGUCCUCAGACCACCUGGACACCCCCAUGGUCCGCAGUGGAUCCCUCAAGGGUCGGGACACCGUCCGCUGGAAGAUCAACAACAAUGUCCACAAGCAGGGUUUCACCUCCCACGCUGCCCUCAACCCCAAGGACCUCAUUCCCUAUGGGCUGUCGCUGAGGCUGACACGGCUCUUCACGCAGAACCUGGUGAAGCCAGAGAGCCGGGAGUGCGAGCAGCUGCGCAAGGAAGUGGAGGAGAAUCUGGACGACAUCUACAAGCACAUCCCAGGCUGCUACAAGCCCCAGCAGACCAAGUUCAGGGUACAGCCCAAUUCUGGGAAGAGACAGGACCACACCAUUGUGGACACGGUGCUCACCGCCCCUCGCUCCGCCAAGACAGAGAUCAUCAAGGUCACUGAGAAGCACGUUUCCCAUGAGGCUUUCAAUGACCUGAAGGUUUCACCAGGUUACUACACUGUGACCUCUGACCAAGAUGCUCAUGGGAUGGUGGAAUUCCAAGAAGCUGUGGAGCUGGUUGAUGUCCGUGUCCCACUCUUCAUCAGGGAGGAUGAUGAUGAUGAGAAACAGCUGCAGGUGGAGGCCAUCGAUGUCCCCACUGGCAUCGCACAGAUUGGACGCAGGAUUGUCAACAUCACCAUCAUCAAGGAACAAGCCAGCAGCCUCAUCACCUUCCUGCAGCCAGCCUAUUCCCACAGCCGCUUUGAUAAGGUGGCCAAGAUCCCUGUCCUGCGGGAGAUCAUAGACAACGGGAGGUCCCAAGUUACCUACAGGACCCGAGAUCUCACUGCCAAGGAAGGCAGGGACUACGUCUUCACAGAAGGUGACCUGGUCUUCCAGCCUGGGGAGACCCGAAAAGAGGUGCAGGUCUCCCUGCUGGAGCUAACUGAGAUAGACACCCUCCUGCACAACCGCCAGGUCAAGCAAUUUGCCAUCGACCUCCUCCAUCCCAAGUAUGGGGCCAAGAUUGGCCGAUACCCCCAGGCCACAGUGACCAUUGCUGACCCAGAGGUGGUGGAUGGUGUCCCCCCACUGACUGGCAUGGGCCAGCUCACCCAGUCUCCCAAAGGCCGCCUGAGUGCACCUCUUAAUCCCAGUGCCCAGGCUCUGAGCUCCAAGGAAAUCCACUUCAGUUGGUUUCCUCCAACGGGAAAACCUCUGGGGUACAAGGUGAAAUACUGGGUGCAGGGUGACCCCGAAUCCGAAGUCAAUGUCAUGGACAUCAAAUCGCCAGGGGCAACACUGAAAAACCUCUACGCCUUCUGUGACUACGAGAUGCAAGUCUGUGCCUAUAAUGCUAUGGGUGAAGGGGCCUACUCUGACAUCAUACAGUGCCGCACACUGGAGAAUGUUCCCAGUGAGCCUGGUCGCUUGGCUUUCAAUGUCGUGUCUUCCACUGUGACACAGCUGAGCUGGGCUGAGCCUGCAGAAACCAAUGGGGUGAUCACAGCUUAUGAAGUCAGUUAUGGACUCGUUAAUGAUGAAAAUGUCCCCAUUGGCCCCAUGAAGAAGGUGCUGGUUGAAGACCCAAAGAAGCGCAUGGUGCUGAUAGAAAACCUGCGGGAGUCCCAGCCCUACCGCUACAUGGUGAAGGCCAGGAACGGUGCUGGCUGGGGACCUGAGAGAGAAGCCACCAUCAACCUCGCUACGCAGCCCAAGCGUCCCAUGUCCAUCCCCAUCAUUCCCGAUGUCCCCAUCAUUGAUGCUGAAGGAGGUGAGGACUACGACAGCUACCUGAUGUACAGCACGGACGUGCUUCGCACUCCAGCUGGCAGCAAGCGUCCCAGCGUCUCUGAUGAUUCAGGCUCCCGAUGGAAAUACGUGCCGCUGCUGGGAGAAGACUUGGAUCUUCGCCGCAUCACCUGGAGGCUCCCACCUGAAACCAUUCCCCGCCUUUCUGGCAGCAGCCACCUCUCCUCGGACACUGAGGGUCUCCUCCGUGAGGAGGAUGGCGACGUGGCUACGGGCAGCCCCAUGAGGAGCGGGACCCCCCGGCCCCAAGCAGAACACCUGCUGAAUGGCCGCAUGGACUACUUCUCCGGCAGCAGCAGCACGCUGACCAGGACAGCAAACACCAGCUACCACCAGCACGUGCAGCAGGAGCACAGGGUGAUGGGGAGCUCCUCACUGACCAGAGAUUACUCCACCAUGAUGGCGGGGCACGAUUACUCAGGGAGAUUCCUUCCUCCCAUCCUUGAAGAUGCUGGGAGGAGAAUCCCACGGCCCAGGGACGUGGGUUUCAGGAGCAGGGUAAAGGUGAAGGGUUACUACCCCAGCACUGGCUGUCGGGACUCUAUAAUCAUGACUGAUGGGUCCACGGGAAUUUGCAAGUACAUAGAUUCCAGGUUUCCACUGGGUGUCCCUGACAUCCCCACGCGGUUGGUGUUCUCUGCUUUGGGGCCCACCUCACUGAAGGUGAGCUGGCAGGAGCCGCACUGUGAGAAGGAGGUGCAGGGCUACAGCGUGCAGUACCAGCUGCUCAACGGAGGAGAGGUGCACCGCCUCACCAUACCCAACCCCAGCCAGAACUCGGUGGUUGUGGAGAACCUGCUGCCCAACCACUCCUACAUCUUCAAGGUGAAGGCACAGAGCGAGGAGGGCUGGGGCCCUGAGAGGGAAGGAGUCAUCACCAUAGAGUCCCAGGUGGACCCACAGAGCCCACUCAGCCCUGUUCCAGGUUCACCCUUCACACUGAGCACACCCAGUGCCCCCGGACCGCUGGUUUUCACUGCCCUCAGCCCUGACUCCCUGCAGCUCAGCUGGGAGAGACCACGCAAACCCAACGGGGCCAUCCUGGGUUACAUGAUCACCUGCGAGAUGCUGCACGGAGGAGGGGAGCCCAGGAAUAUCUACGUCGAAGGUGACAAUCCAGAAACGACCCUGACUGUGCCCCACUUGAGUGAGAACAUCCCGUACAAGUUCAAAGUGCAAGCCAAGACCACUCAAGGCGUUGGGCCGGAGAGAGAAGGCAUCAUCACCAUCGAAUCUCAAGAUGGAGGUACUUUCUCACAGUUUGGAGGACAGCAGUACACAAGAGAGGUGUACAACUUCCCCAUGGAAUACACCACCAAAACAAGUAUCAGCCAUUCCUCUCUGGACCCCCACUUUUCAGACGGCAUGCUGAUGACGUCCCAGCGAGUGGAAAGUGCCAGCAGCACCCUCACCAAACAGGUCACCAAAGAGUUCGUCAGCCGCACCGUGACGUCCAGCGGGACCCUCACCAAGCAGGUGGAGAGACAGUUCUAUGAGGCCUGAGCUGGGGCAGCAGGACACUCCAUUGGGGCUGGCAGAGCUUUGUAGGACCAUCCAGGAGGGCUUCACCCGGACUGUGCUUGGGCAGCUCCCCCAGACCUUCCAUGGCACUUCAAGCUCUGCACAUUCAAAGCUCGUGGUUGGGUCACGGGUGUGUGCUCACCCUGCAGAACUCAUCCUCCCCCUCCUGCUCUGCAGCCUCAGUUCUGCAGAAUGUACGUGGAUCUCCUCCAUAAGCAACCACUGCUCACUCCAAUACCACUCCUCGAUGCCCACUCAUCCAAGCACACCUCCUGCUGCAGAUAUUCCUCCAUAUCUUCAUUCUCCCAAGAUAAAUCAAAGAAAAUGAUUUAUUCUCAGGUGCUCAGUUUUGAGAGGAUCCCUGCUGAUGAGAUCCUGAUUUAUAGAGGGUCACCACUUAUUGGCACAGGCUGCCAAGGGAGGUGGGGGACUCAUCAUUCCUGGAGCCAUUCAGGAACUGCUGAGAUGUGGCACUAAGGGACAUGGUGGGGAUGGGUUGUGGUUGGACUGUAUGAUCCUAUUGGUCUUUCCAGCCUUAAUAACUCUAUGAUUCUACAAUUUCCAUCUUUGGCCUGGGCUCUAUGGCAGCUUGGCUCUCUGCUGGAGAUGGUGGUUUUGUUCUGUUCUAUUAUACAAGAGCUGCAAGGUAGUGGGUCAAGGUGACAUCUGCUUUCUUACUGUGCCUAUUUGUGUCUGUCCUUUGCUGCUAACAUUGGUACCACAAUAGCAAAGCAUACCCUUCCAGUUGAAUAGCACUACUUAUGACGGCCUCUGAUGCUUUUUUUUUUUUUUUGUCAUACAAUAUUGUACAGUUUUGGUAGUAUAUAUAUAUAAAUAUAUAAAUGUAUUUUAUUAUUUUAUAUUAAAAACAAAAAACAAAAAAUGGAGGUGGAUGAGAUCUAUGCAGAAUGAUGAGGAUACAUUUGGACCAUGGCUGAUGAGAAGCACUAAGAAGAAUGAGCUCAGGCCCCUUUGCAGCAUCCUACCCAAAUGUUGUUCUGUCCAUAGCAGAGCACAGGAUGCUGCUCCUGGCAGCACACACUCCCUGUGCACACGUGUGCUCUCAUGGCUGCAUUGUGCCCCAAGUGUCAUUGCUUUUUAAUUCUCACCUGGUCCCCAGGGCUGUUGGUGAUUUGGGUCAACCCAACAGCAGCUCUGUACACUCAAUAAAUAUUUUCUCUACA